UAUAUUCCCUCUGUUCCUUAGUGUCACGGAAAAGAGAUCAGAGUCACCCACAUCUAGCUGUGUGUCCAUGAGGAGUGACAUAUCAAAGGACAAUCCACCCAACCUCAAAGAGCUACAGCCCGAGCCAAGUGCAGUGAAGAAGAGACCAGGGUCACCUACACCAAGUUGUGUGUCCAUGAGGAGUGACCAAUCAAUGGAUGAGCCACUCAGGUUCAAAGCGCCAAAGCCUCCUCCAGAACUAAGUGUCACGGAGAAGAGAUCGGAGUCACCCACACCAAGCUGUGUGUCCAUGAGGAGUGACAUAUCAAAGGACAAUCCUCCCAACCUCAAAGAGCUACAGCCUGAACUAAGAGCCCUGCAGAAGAGACCAGAGUCUCCUACACCAAGCUGUGUGUCCAUGAGAAGUGGCCAAUCAAUGGAUGAGCCACUCAGGUUCAAAGUGCCAACUCUUACCCUUGAACUAAGUACCAUGGAGAAGAGACCAAGGUCACCCACAUCAAGCUGUGUAUCCAUGAGGAGUGAUCAAUCAAUGGAUGAGCCACUCAGGUUCAAAGAGGCUGCGUUGCCCCCUGAGCUAAGAGCCAUAGAAGCCUUAGAAGCAGAACUUCCUUAUGAACUAAGUGAUAUGAUGAGAUCCGUAUCACCUACACCAAGCUGUGCAUCCAUGAGAAGCGACAUAUCAAAGUACUCUGAGCAAAGCCAGUCACGGAGAAAGGAAUCAGAAGGCAUGAAAAAUUUGGCUGAAAAAAAGAAGUUUCAUGAAGACUUAGUUAACAUCUUCAGGGUAUGA